AUGUUCACCUCCAUCUACAAUCAGACUCAUCGCUGUGUACACCUCCAUUUACAACCAGAAUCAUCAUCAUGUACACCUGCAACUACAACCAGUCUCAUCGCCAUGUACACCUGCAACUACAACCAGUCUCAUCGCAAUGUUCACCUCCAUCUACCACCAGUCUCAUCGCCAUGUUCACCUCCAUCUACAAUCAGACUCAUCGCUGUGUACACCUCCAUUUACAACCAGAAUCAUCAUCAUGUACACCUGCAACUACAACCAGUCUCAUCGCCAUGUACACCUGCAACUACAACCAGUCUCAUCGCCAUGUUCACCUCCAUCUACCACCAGUCUCAUCGCCAUGUUCACCUCCAUCUACAAUCAGACUCAUCGCUGUGUACACCUCCAUUUACAACCAGAAUCAUCAUCAUGUACACCUGCAACUACAACCAGUCUCAUCGCAAUGUUCACCUCCAUCUACAAUCACUCAUCGCCAUGUACACAUCUAUCUGCAACCAGACUCAUCGCCGUGUAGACCUCUAUCUAAAACUAGGCUCAUCACAAUGUUCACCUCCAUCUACAAACCGUCUCAUCACCAUGUAA